UCCUCUUGCUCGUUCCCAAACGGCCAGCGCCAGCCCAGCCGCGCUGGAGGGGGCGGGCAGAGGGAGGCGGCGGCGCGGGAGAGGCGCCUCCGCUCUCGCGCGCGCCCUGGGCGGCCGCCUCCGCCGUCGAUGCUCGGCGCCGUCCAUCUCUGCCUCCGGGCCCGGCUGGCCGUUCCGCGCCGGCGGGCGGGACUGGCUCCUCGCCGUUGUCGCCUUCGCUGCCGCUGCAGGCCCGGCUUGAAGGAGUUCCUGAUCCAAAUUCCAGCCAGCCCAGAGGGAUGUGGAAGUCAGAUGAACAGGGCUCGUGAAUCAGCUGAAGCUUCAAGCUGAAUGGAAAAGUUACAGAAGCAAUUGACUUCCCCGGGGAGUGUCGGUUCAUCCCGGGGAUCCAGUGUCCCAGGGUCACCUUCCAGCAUUGUGGCCAAAAUGGACAAUGAAGUCCUGGCAUACAAGGACUUGGCAGCAAUCCCUAAGGACAAAGCAAUCCUGGACAUAGAGCGUCCGGACUUGAUGAUCUAUGAGCCCCACUUUACCUACUCUCUCCUGGACCAUGUGGAGAGGCCAAGGAGCAGAGAGCGCUCUCUCUCCCCCAAAUCUCUCUCUCCUCCGCCUUCUCCUGAAGUCAUCCGAGACUGGAUGGAGAACAAGUCUCCGGGAAACAUCUCCCAGGCACCCAGUCGGAGGGUCAGCAGCUCCAGUCGCAGCGGAGUCCACCACUUCCACCGUCCUGAUACCAACACAACAGAAAUGAAUAUCUACAAGAAGCCUCCAAUCUACAAGCAGAGGGAGCACUCAACAAUACCAACCCCACAGAACAAACACCUGAUAGAAGACCAGAUUAUAGAGUCCUCCAAGUUCCCAGCAGCCCAGCCCCCAGACCCAAACCAGCCAGCCAAGAUUGAGACAGACUACUGGCCCUGCCCUCCCUCUCUGGCAGUUGUUGAGACUGAGUGGAGGCAGCGGAUGGCUUUAAAGAAAGGUGAAGAAGAUGAGGACCUCACAACAGAAAUGAAGAGCCUGCAGGAGAUACAGAAGCAAGAGCUGAGCAAGAUCGCCUCCAACCUAGGCAAGCUCAUUCUGAAGGAAGAAAUGGAGAAGUCCCUCCCCAUCCGGCGGAAAACCCGUUCCCUCCCAGACCGAACCCCCUUCCACACCUCGCUGCAUGGAGGAAGCUCCAAAUCUUCGUCCCUUCCUGCCUCUGGGAGAAGCACUCUUGCCAGGCUACAGUCAACAGAGUUUAGCCCAACUGGAAGUGAGAAGGGCAGCCCCGGAAUGAACCUGCACAACUGACACAGCCACGUAUUUUUUCCUUUCUGUUUUGCAGGCCUGCAGAAUGGCCAGCGAGGGCGGAUGGACAGGGGAAACUCCCUUCCCAGUAUGCUGGAGCAAAAGAUUUACCCUUACGAGAUGCUGAUGGUGACAAAUCGGGGUCGUGUGAAACUGCCUCCCGGAGUAGACAGAACGAGGCUAGAGAGACACCUCUCACCCGAUGAUUUCUUGCGUGUCUUUGAGAUGCCACCGGAGGAGUUUGGGAAGCUGGCCCUGUGGAAGCGGAAUGAGUUAAAGAAGAAAGCUUUCCUCUUCUAACCCCUUCUGAGCCAACAGGCUCAGUGUGAACUCCAUGUGUGUCACACCGUCUUGCAUCACAGACGCUUUAGGGCUACAACUGAGCUGGUUCCAAGGAUCUUUCCCCUUAUAUUUCCACACACCCCACUCACUGCAGAGGUGGCUCCAAGCCUGCAUCUGGUAGAAGGUAGAGAGAAGCAGGCUAAGAGGAGAAGAGAAAAGCAAGAGCCCAGGUUGGGUACAGGACACGGCCUGGAGAGGCAAGAGGAAUGGAGUGGAACGAGGGGGCUGUGCUCUGCCAUCCCUUCAGGCAGAUGAAGGUGUGGUCCAGCAAAGUAUGACAGGGCUCGUCAGAAGCUUCGACCAAACACACCCAUCCACAGUCUGUCUUUUGCUUAGAGACAUCCAGAGCAACUUAAUCAGGGCCAGAUGCGAGAUGGUCAUGCUAGGCUCUGGGAACAGAAAGGGUCAAGGGACAGGCAUGAAGGGUGUCAGGUCUUAUUGCACCUUCUGGACCAUGUCUCUGCUGGAGCAGCAUUUCACCUGGGCACAGCUAUUGGAGGGUCUCUGUUCACAUGGCCACACUGGCUGGGGAUGUUUUCAGGCUCUGCUGUACCUCAAAACCUUCAUAGUUGUGAACCCUUUGCCUUUCCACAGAAAGUGUCAAUGCUGUCCCACACAUCCUACCACCAACUGGGAUGGGAUGCAAGGACUUUGUUACAGAAAUGAUCCAACGCCUCUGGUACUGCCCUUCAAAGUGAACAAAGUGUCCCUGAUGCUGGGCUGCGUUUGAGCAGGCAGGCAUGUGUGCUGACUUCUCUCAUCUUCCUUUUCCUAGGCCUGUUGCUCUGAUCUUCACUCAUCUGCCUCCUACUUGCUCCAUUCUUUAGUGCUUCCCUGCAGGUCCUUACUUACUUUCCAUUUCUGCCUCAAUUACUAGCUCCCCCUGCCUGCCAAAUCAGCCACGCCCCUUGCCCCUUUGAUGCCUCCUUCCCCUAGGCCCUCACCUUCUUUGCCCCAACACCUUCAGCCCAGUGUUUCCACUCUUGGAAAUAGCUGGGGGUAAGUGAAGCACUUGGGCUACUACACAGCACUCUCCCCAAGCUUUCCCCUCCUCUUCAGCUUUCAAAUGCUGCCACUGUUGCCACAACUCGAGGAGAAAAAGUGCUGCUCUGAGCCACAGACUUCUGUGAGAGUUUUGUCUACUUGAGCCUCCACAUGAUGGCUUUCCUACUUUGUCGCAAAUGGCUACUGCAGUCUCCUCAUCCCCCACGGACUGAGACGGCCUCAGGAUGCUGGGCCCUCUCAGCCUGUUCAGGCACCUGAACCAUACCUCUCAGCUAGGCCUUCCUCCCUGCUAGCUAGCCAAAUCCUGCAAUAUGCAAUUAAUAAUAACUGUGCUUAUAUACCGUUAUUCUAGACAGAUUAGUGCCUCACCCAGAGUGAUGAACAAGUUAGGGUUAUUAGUAUCCCAAAAUCCACUCAAAGGCCAGACAAGUCAAGGGGAAGGCGCUGAAGGCAAGAAAAGAAGGGCUCAAGGCUGGCCCUUUGCCUUUUCCCCAACUUCCUUGCUACCCUUUUCAUGCACAGCCUGGGGGUGCUAAAGAGAACCUUUCCAAGCACAACUGUCUCAAAUGCCAGCCAGAAAGGGCUCAAGCAGAAGUGCUGUUUGCCUUCUCAUCUUCAAGGGGUCAUGCUUGCUUCUGAGGCAAGUGCUUACAGGCCUUGGGGAAGUGCUUGGGCAUGUUACCAGAGGCAACAGCUUUAGGAUGUUUUUUGGGGGGGGGGUGUUGAGCUAUAGCCCUCUCCCCUCCUGCUUCAGAUGUUUUCCCACAAUGCCCACCAACACCACAUGGCUUUCCACUUAAGUAUUUUAGGAGGAGGUGAGACAUGGGAAAGAGCCCAGCCCCCCUCCUGCCUGAGGCUCCUUUUCAUCCAAACCAUUCCCCCCUCCCCCUCCCUUGGGCAUGCCAGCAUUGUGAUAGGUGAACUGAAGUCUGACAAAGGGCAGAGGUGGCAGCUGAGAAAGAUACCUUUUCCCUUCUAAAUGGCAAUCCCACUUGCCAGUUUAGGGAUAUUCAAAAAAGCAGACCCUUCUGAGCCCCAGGCCCAUCAUAUGCCCAUUCAGCCAACCAUUCUUUUUAAUGCAUCAAAAAGGCUGGUGUUCAGAAGUGGAAAGAUCCAGAGACUGAAAACAUCUCUCUUUGUCUCCCCCUCUCCCCAGAGGCAUGGUAGAGUUAAUGGAGAAGAAAAAUCAGAAGGUAAAAAAGGGGCAGAGGAAGUCCUGGGGACUGAGAUGGUGAACUGGAAUAAAACGAGUCUCUUUUCAAGAUGGCUUUAGCAGGGGAGGAGUUGCAACUUUUCACCAGGUGACAGGAGAUGGACCAGAGGUUGGUCUUUGCCUGGGGAGGGGGAGAAUCAAUCCUGCUCUUGCAAUCCAGCCACCCAACUCUUCCUGCCUCCAGCAAGUGUAGCCACAGCAAGGGUACUUUUCUAGCAGACAGCUGUGGGAAACGGCCUUGCCAUGCUCUGGAGGAAGAGCUUGGCAUCCACCUCCUUCCCCAGCCACUCCACUUUGUGCAAAUGUAAUUUAUGAGAAGCCACUGGUCUCUACUUGCUUUUCACUGCUACUUAUGUGAACAUAUCUAUAAAUAUAUAAAUAGGGACUCUCCCUUUCUAACACAGUGGCUUGCUGCUGUCCCAGCAUUGGUUCCACCCCUGCCCUGAUGUCAAACUGUGUGAAAAUGAUUUUUUUUCCUUUUAAUUAAAUGUGAAGUGGCUUUA